UGAACUAGGACAAUUUUAAACUCAACUGCAUUUCAAUCUGUCCUACGACAUAUUAUAUUCAUACUCAUAAAUUACAUCUUUCAUAAGACUAAAAAAAUUCAUUAUUUCUAAGAGAAUGAUUACCGUAAUCUGUGUAUUUCUCUUUCCAAGAAAAAAAGAACUUUAUUUAUUUGUAUUAAUGAUUUAUUAAUUAGGAUGACUUACAUUUCAAUAGAUUCAUAUAAUCUCUGAAGGUAUUUUAACUCUAUGAAAAAUCUUUUCUAAAAGCCACUAAUUCAAAUAUACGAUCAAAGAUAGUCGAAAAAAAACACGUUUUUUUCAAUCAUGCAUUUGCAUUAGCAAAUCGAUAAUAUGUAUGUAGUACAAAACAAAAAAGAAGAAAAUCUUUCAAUAGUUAUUUUGUGAUAAAUAGAGUAAUAAAGAAAACCAAAAAGAAAAUAAAAUAAAUAACUGACUUUGAUACAGUUAGCUCCACUAUCAAAACAAAAAAAUUCGGAAACGAACCAAACAUUGGAACGAUGUUGAUUUUGCAAAAAUUCAAAUGAACUUUUCACUUUUUUCUCUCAAUACUCUCACUCUUAUUUUAUUCUCUUCUUUCUCUCUCUAUUUCAGUCCAUCCAUUACGUGGAAGUUCCAUUGAUAUUCAUCCAAAUGCUCGAUGGCAACAGAGUGGCAUCACUGUAGCUGGAGGAAGUCGACAAGCCAAUGGAAUCAAUCAACUCCCAGACCCACGGGGUUUGUAUGUUGAUGAUGAUGAUCAAACAAUCUAUGCUGCUGAUCGAGCGAAUCAUCGUAUUGUGGAAUGGAAAUGGGGUGCAACGAGUGGCCAAGUGGUUGCAGGUGGAAAUGGACAAGGAAGUCUAGAUCAUCAAUUAUUUAUCCCAAUAGAUGUGAUUGUCGACAAAGAGAGAGAUAGUCUCAUCAUCUCCGAUUAUGUGAAUAGAAGAGUGGUUCGAUGGCCUCGUCGAAAUGGAACAAGUGGAGAAACAAUCAUCUCCAGCAUCGAUUGUUUGGGUUUGACAAUGGAUGAGAAUGGAUCUCUCUAUAUCGUUGAUGGUGUAAAAAAUGAGGUGAGACGAUAUCGAAGAGGAGAAUCUCAAGGAAUAGUGGUUGCAGGUGGCAAUGGAAAAGGAGAUCGUCUCAAUCAACUCUCUAACCCACAAUACGUAUUCGUCGAUCGAGAUCAUUCAGUAUAUGUGUCUGAUUUGGGAAAUAAUCGUGUGAUGAAAUGGAUGGAAGGUGUAAAAGAAGGCAUUGUUGUGGCUGGUGGUCAAGGACAAGGAAAUGGUCUUACACAAUUACCAUAUCCUGAAGGAGUCGUUGCCGAUCAAUUGGGCACUGUCUAUGUGGCUGAUAGAUGGAAUAAUCGAAUCAUGCGUUGGCCCAAAGGAGCCACACAAGGAAGUGUCAUUAUUGGUGGAAACGGUAGAGGAGACCAAUCGAACCAACUCAAUCAGCCCUUCGGUUUGUCAUUCGAUCGAGACGGCAAUCUCUAUGUCGCCGAUACUGGAAAUCAUCGAGUACAAAAAUUCAAUAUCGAAUCCAAUAAGUAAAGGACAUUGAAAUCAAAAAAGAAAAUUUUUUUAUAUUGUCAACAUCGCAGUCAUCCUAUAGAUAGAAGUGACGACGGAAUUCUUCAAAUUCUUCAAAAAAAUAUAAUAAUAAAAUGUACUAUAACUAUAAACGAAAUAUAUAUCUGACUAACGUAGGAUAUCUUGGAGCUGGAUUCGAGUAUUCCGCAACGAGAUUCGCCUAUAGGUUAGACCAAAAGCUGAAAAGGUAGACAAAGAUAGAUCUCGAUGAGCUCUAUCGAUUCCAGUAUUUACUUUUCUCCGAUGGCCUCUCCUUCCUAGAGAAAAACCUAGGGUGUGGGUGUGGGUGUGGGUGUGUGGGUGUGGGUGUGGGUGUGGGGUUUGGGUGAGUGUGGGUGUGGGUGUGGCGUGUGGGUGGGUGUGGGGUGUGCGUGGGGUGCGGGUGUGUGGUGUGUGUGGGUGUGGGUAUGGGUGUAGAGUAUGGGCGUGUGUGGGUGUGGGUAUGGGUGUAGAGUAUGGGCGUGUGUGGGUGCGGAGUGUGGGUAGGUGUGGGGUGUGGGUGUGUGGUGAGUGUGUGGGUGUGGGUGUGUGUAGUUCGGUUUACCCACACCCCACGUCCACACCACCCACACUCACACCCACCCACACCGACAUCCACACCCACACACUCACACCCACACCCACACCCACAAACCCACAUCCACACCCGACACCCACAGCCACCCACACCCCACAACCACACCCACUCACGCCCACAUCCCACACUCACCCACAAGCACACCUCACACCCACACCCAACACCCACACCCACACCAACACACACACCGACCCACCCACACCCCGCACCCACCCACACCCACAUCCCACAACCACACCUUCACAUCUCACCCACACACUCACACCCUUACAGCAUUUAUUCAAUUGAGAAACCUUUUAUGGGUUUUCGGUCUGGUUUUUAUGGAGCUCGGGAACGUUUUGUGAGCUUCCGAGGGCAGCAUAUUUAGAGAUAUCUUAGCUCGUUUCCGAUAGGUUUCUGGAGGUUCGAAAAUCGAUUCUCGGAUAUCCUAAAAGUGUUUCAGAUAAUAACAAAUUGGAAACCUUCUUUGAGUUUUUUCAGAGACGUUUUUUUCGCAAUGUACGCAACUGUAACGAAUGAAACAGAUUAGGCACAAUGACUUUGAUGAUGGAAAUUGAACAGGAGCAGCGUGGCGCAGAGGUAGCGCGUCGGUCUCAUAAUCCGAAGGUCGUUAGAUCAAAACUAUCCGCUGCUAUGAUGACUUUUUUGAAAUUUUUUUCUUUCUUCGUACCUGAAAAAUAUGAUGCAACGCAUUGCAAUACAGGACAGACAAAGAAAACUAUGGUACACUAAAGUAUUGUUGAAUACGCAUCGCUGUGCAAAAUGAUUCACUGAGUACUCGUUUGAUUGACGCACAUAAAUUCAUUGGCAUAAUAAAUUCUACUCUAAUAAACCCUCUGAUUCUUCGUCAUUGUAAAUUCUUUAUCUUCGGAAUCAAUGAAUCAUUUCGAAUAUACACUGCAUUAAUAUGUGAUAUCAUUAGCCCAAAAGGUAAUUUCAAAAUUACUUUCGAUAAAUUCAUUUUUUAAGAUUGUUUUAUAUGCGUGACAAACUGUUUGUGUGUAUUAUCGUAUACCUUGAGCUCUAUUGAAAAUGAUUAGUAUAGUCAACAAUACAGGUUGUGCGCAUUCAGAAAAGGAAAUAUAUAGUUUUCAAGGCUUCAUUGUAUUCACUUGGCGGUAAAGAAAGUUUUUCCGUAGAAGAUAUGGGUGUGUGGGCAUGGAUGUGUUUGUUUGUGUAAAAAUGAGUACCCACACCCAAAUCCAGCUGGGACCGAACAUCGCUGUAAUGUUUCUUUUUAUUUGAUGCGUGCGAAGGAGGGCUAACCUUGAGCCAAAUCAAUUUUUGAUACUUGAUUUCUGGAUUCAGGAAAACUCGAUUUACUGUCGUUCAUCGAUCCUUUUAAGGCCUAAUUUUAAAGCUACGCCCUUUGAAAUGCACCUACACAGUAAAUGGGAGGGACUUUGGAAAUUCUGUCCAAUAAAAAGCUGCACAUACGUAGUAGUUCCAAUGGGAAAUCAACCUAAUAUCGAUAUGCCUUUUGAAUAUGAAUUUAUUUCAAGGAUCAGCACCAAGAAAGGCUACUAUUAGCUGAGACCCGACAGAAAAUUUUAAACUUGAUGUUAAUUUUGAAGUUGAAGCCUCCCAAAAAUCCCUCUCAGAUGCUUUUCCUCUAGAAACUCUAGAAUGACUGAAGCUGCCCCGCCCCUACAUAAAAGGUCCUGAUGCCAGCAUUCAUGACCUCCAUUUUUGUGAAAGCUAUAAUAGCGCCGUGAAGUCAAUUUUAGUAAGGUAUAUAACGUCUAAAUUUUCAGCGCAGAGGAUCUGGGUGUGUGUGGAGGAGAAAAAAAAUUAAUUGAAUAAACAAGGACACCCAAACCAACAUCCAUCCGAACUUCAUUUCAACCUUUACUGUUCCAUACACUGACAUUCAAUCACACAUUAAAUCAAGAUCCUGUCUUUUCCAAUUCACAAACAAAUGCGUGUACAGGUUCAUUCAUGUACUUUCAACUUAGUUCCUUACUUGGGCACUCCUACUCGAUCGGUUCGUACCCCCCACGUAUCACUUACAUAAGAAUGGAAAUGCACCUUUAUCUAUCCAUGUUCGCCCAACUCAUCUCUUACUCAUGCGUAAUGCAUAGAACGCGAACCCUACCCUGCCAUUAGUCUAUCCCAUUCGUAGCUUUGCCAACUCAUAGUCAACCAAAUACUGAUUGCAUUUCGCCACACUCUCUCAAAACUCCCGCUUGCUACCCAUUCACUUCCAAAUACCCACUUCCUUAUCCACGCAAACGCAAGCAAAUCUCCAGUUUUACAUAUCCGAUCUCAAUUCGAUCUCGAACUUUCACUCAGCUACCUAUUCUCUCGUGUCCAGCGUUGUCAACCGACACUCAAACCACCUCUCUUCUGCACCCACCCACAGUGAACCUGAUCACCAACUUGUUUCACACUGACGAGCACGAGAACCCGAUGCUUAGACUCUCACCCAGAACAAAAUCUUGAGCCGUGGAUACAUGUCUUUUCAGUGACAUUGAAAAAAUUCACUCAAACAAAUAUUUACAAGAGAAAGAGAAAGAAAGCUGUCUUUUUAUGUGCGUACUGUCAACACUCUUGACUACUAAAUGAAUAUAAGCUAAAGAAAGAGAAACAUUUUUCACUGAAGAAAGAAAUGUAUGGCCGACAAUAAAUUUUUCAGCGACGAGUUGAAGCGAUAAAGCGCUAUAGGCACAAUAGAACACCACCACAUACUUACUCUGCACAUGCGGGCUUCAAAACCUGAGUAUGUUUCGGGGAUGUAAAUGGAAUUGUUUGAGCGCGAGUUUUCGCUUGGGACUCGGCUUCAAUCUACCAACUUUGCUUGUGGGUGUGGUUCUACAGUUGGCUGUACGGUAGAACCUAUCAGCCCCUGAAUAUUUUUCGUCGGCCCCAUUUUGUUAGUGUGAGUUUUACGUGUCAUAAUAAAUGCCUUGGUGUCAGUUCUAGGGGCGGGUGUGGCUACCAGAUUGUGGGUUCGGUUGAGACUCCCAUUGUCUUAAUGCUUCAUGAAGGUGAGAAUGUCUAGUCGUGACUUUCAACUAUAAGACUGAAUGUUGGCGUGUGUGCCAUGUUGGUGGGUAUUAUUCGAUGGCUACACCUCUUAGCGAGAACUAUCAAUCUGUGAAAAUGUCAACUCGCUGCAAUAGUGUGUGAAUCAACACCGACUUUGAGGAUGUGCAUAUGGGUAUCACUACCUAGUUAAAAAUUUCGAGUAUCUGGUUGUGAGCUUCAAUGGCGGGAUUGAGUGCCAAACUCUGUGCGAUACCUGCGGAUUCGAUUUCAUGGUUGCACCGUACGAUGAGGGUUAUCAGUCCGUGCAUAAUAUUUAUCGGUGCCACUUUCUUAGUGGAAGCUUUGCCUAUGAAAGUGUUUGACAGUGUGUAGGCUGUACUGAUGACUACGCAUGGAUUCGGCAUCUUCUCAAAACAUUGAUUUUCUGAGUACUUCUACCAGUCACAAGCGCCUGGGUAUGCAUUUCAAUUUUCUGACUGAGCGCCGACUCCGGUGCGAUGUUUUUGGGUGUAAUUCUACGGCUACACCGCGCAGUCACAAUUAUCAAGGUGGGUGUGGAUUUUUGUUCUGAGUCUUUAUACAUCGAGAUUCUCUCGCUACACAAACAUCGAAAAAUAUACCCACAGGUUUGGUCCCGUUUUAUCGACAAACUAAAAAUAAUUAGUCGUUUUUCCCGCAUUAUCGACACUUUUUUUCCUAUUUCAUCGACAUUUUUGUCCCCGCAUCAUCGAAAUUUUCUAUGCAACAGUAUUUAUUUCAAGAAAAAAAAUGACCACAGAAAUUAACAACAGGAGAAAAGAAAUGGUGAAAGAAUAAAUAGAUUUUAUAUCAAACCACAAAAAAUUAUUUAUUGUGACUUUUGCCAAUCGUUUGACUGAUUUUUAUCAAAGUAUUCCGCUGAUGAUAAACGACCUUUUUCGUAACGAUCCAUUAAGUUCAGUUUGUGGUGCCAUCCUUCACACCCAUUAUUAGUUCUGGCACCAUUGAAUUUGUAAUAAUUCCAUAGAGAUCUAGAAAAUAAACAUCCAUUAUCAAUCCAUGUUUCAGUAAAGUAAUCAAAGAAAUCUUGUGCACGUGGUAUGUUUUCAAACUUGUCCAUAAUUUUGCACCAAAAUUCAUUAAUUUCUGAAGUAGGCAUGAAUGCCAAAGCUCCAGUUUCUUGUAAUAAACGUUUUACACUGGUUGCAUCAUCGUUAGAUGAAUUAUAAUAAUCUUGAUGUAGUCCAAUUUCUUGUAGUUUUCUAAAAAUACAUUGAUUGUCGUGAAAAUUGCAGCGCUUGAUUUUAGAAUUAGGAAAUACAUUUUUAAGAGCUGCAAUUGCGCUUUUCUCAAAAUCGAUUGUGAUGAACUUUGGAUUUAAAACUAGAUCAUGUUUAAGACUAACUGUUCGUAAUUCAUUGACCAAUAGUAUGUAAAUUGAUUUGGUUUUGUUUGGUAAAAAGGAAUAAAGAACUGGUACAGUACAAUUCGAAACAGGUGAUUCAACAUGAAUGGUGUAUAAUUGACUGAAUGGCGAUGGACAUGAUUUGAAAGUCCCGCCCAUGAACAGAUGAUCAGCUG